AUGACUAUGAAUAAUAAUUCUAAGGUCGUUCUAGUCACGGGUUGCGCCAAAGGUGGCAUCGGCUAUGAAUACUGCAAAGCUUUUGCCGAAAGCAACUGUCGUGUUUUCGCUUCUGAUAUUGAAAAAAUGUCUAACGAUCAUUUCUCGUUAGACAACAUAGAGACGCUCCAGCUCGAUGUCUCUUCUAAUAAUAGUGUCGAAUCAGCUGUGGGAGCCAUUGUGUCGAAACAUGGGCGUAUAGACAUAGUGGUGAAUAACGCAGGAAUAGGAAACUCGGGUCCUUUGGUCGAGCUUCCUAUAGACAUGAUAAGAAAGGCUUAUGAAAUAAAUGUUCUUGGCCAUCUUAGGUUGAUCCAACAAGUUGUACCUUAUAUGGUUGAUCAACGUAAAGGUACUAUCGUGAACGUUGGUAGUGUAGUUGGAACCGUGCCUACACCUUGGGCGGGCUCGUAUUGUGCCACCAAGGCGGCUAUUCAUGCGAUAUCAGAUACGUUGAGGGUCGAGUUGAAGCCAUUUGGAAUAGAUGUAGUGUUGGUUGUACCGGGGGCAAUUAAGUCAAACUUCGGGAGAAAUAACGCAAAAAUGUUGGAGAAGUACGAUAAUGAGUGGAAAAUUUAUGAAGGUUUUAGAAACGUUAUAAGUGAGCGAGCCAAUGCUUCUCAAGGGGGUAAGGCAACCGAUGCGAGUGUUCUAGCUAGAUAUGUGGCUAACAAGGUUUUAAGUCCAAGACCUCCUAAGGUGAUUAGGUUUGGUCAUAUGACCGGUUUGUUUAGUUUGUUGUCAUGGUCUCCUAUUUGGGUUAGAGAUCUAUUUUUUUCUACUAGAUUUGGUUUGAAUAAGAAGAUAUAG